AUGCCUUCCCUGUUCAUUGCUAUCAAAGAUAUCCAUCCUGUCCACAAGCAAAGGGGAAUUAGAGUACGUUGUGUACGGAUCUAUGAUGUGCCUGAGAGGAGGGUAGGUAGUAACGUCAAGAGUAUGGAGUGUCUUCUCCAUGAUGAUCAGGGAGAUUAUAUACAUGCUAAUAUUCAGAAUAAAGAUGUUGUCAAAUACAAAGAUGUGCUAAAAGAAGGCCAACUGUAUGAGAUAAAGAACUUCUAUGCUGUUACAAACUAUUACCUUUACAAGGUCACCCAGCAUAAGUAUAUGCUCAAGUUUAAUUACAAAACAGAAGUCAAACAGAUCAACUCUAUAGGCUUUCCACUUUUUAUGUUUCGGCUUACAAGUUUUGAGUCUUUGAAAGAUCCCAAGGAAGUUAAUGACAAGGAGCUCAUUGAUGUUAUAGGUCGUGUGGUGGAGAUAUAUAACCCUGUAGACAAGAUUGUGGGUGGUAAAGCCACAAAACUGAUUGACUUUCAAAUCUGUGAUAAUGCGGCGAAGGUGGUUAGUGGUGAGGUCAGAAUAACAUCAUCGUAUGAUGCAACUAAGAUCUGGGUGAAUGGUGAUUUUGAUGAGUUCAAGGACUUCAAAUCUCAGUUAAAAGUUCAAGAGACUCCAAUUAAAAGUCUGAGCACUGUGACUCUGAACUCCCAGUCCAUAGGGAUUGAGAGUUUCCAAAAGGGUGAAAGGAUUGUGUCUACAAUCUUUGAUCUAUCUAAGCUGCAGGAUGGGGAUUACUAUAUUCCUGGUGAAAUUAUGGCAAUAGAGUCUUCUACAGACGAUUGGUACUACAUGGCAUGCCUGACACCUGGCUGUAACAGGAAGCUUAAAGCAAUCGAAGGGGUCUUAAGCUGUGACAAGUGUGUAAAACAAUUUGAGGAAGGUACCGCUAGAUAUAAGCUUUUGGUGAGAGUCUUAGACAAAACCACAGAUGCAACUUUCCUGCUCUGGGAUAGGGAAGUUGCAGAAUUAGUUGGCAUUCCUGCUACUUUGUUGUAUGAGAAGUACAAAAAGGCCGAUGUUGACAUCCCCACUGAGAUUGAGGUGGUGAUUGGUUUAAAAAUGAUUUUUAAAGUGGGGAUUAAAAGAGCUCAAAUGAAAGGCAAUAAUCCAGCUUACAAUGUGAUGAGGGUUCUAAGGGACGAGCAGUUGUUAGAUGCUUAUUGUUCUAGAUUAUUUGAAGAUGAAGAAAAAGACCUAAUGUCACAGCAAAUAGAAGAGGAUGAGAACACUUCUCAACAUUCUGAGGUGAUUUCCUCUAAAGAAGAAGAGGUCAAUAGUCCUGCUAACACAAGACCCUCAGAAUCCCAAGUUAAUGCUCAAGCAGAUUCUCCUACUACUAAGAGGUCAUUGCUGGAUCAGUUUUCAUCCUCAAAAGGGAGCAAAAGGUCAAAGGGUGGUAGCAUUAAGAAGGAGAAGAUGAACUGA